AUGAAAUCUCCAUACUUCGAAAUUGCCAAAAAUUGCAUUCAACUUUUUUCCAGUACUCUUGCAAUCUUUCUAAACUCAUUGCUCAUUUUUUUGAUCUACACAAAAUCUCCAAAAAAGAUGGGAAAUUAUAGACAUCUCAUGUGCUAUUUUUGUGCAAUUUCAAUGAUUUUUGCAGUUUUGGAUUUCGUUUUAAGACCUGCAUUCUUUGCGGCUGUUGUGGUUCCACAAUCUACGGAAUCGUCGUUCAUUUUGUUUAUCGAUUUUUCGCAUUGGAAAGAAGUUCAGAAUCCUCCAGAAUAUCAGAAUCUUAGAAUAUCAGAAUCUCAAAAUUCCAGAUUAACAGAAUCUCAGAAUCUUAGAAUCUCAAAAAUAUUUCCUGUUUCUGAACGUUAUUUUUAUCUAAAAAUAUAUUUUUUUAUCAGUAUAAUAUCAGUCAGUAUCAGUAUAGUAGUUAACAAUUCCUUUUUAAUUCGAAUUUCUAGAACGGGAAGACUCAAAUAUUUCAAAGGUCCCUUUCUCAUUUUCUGGUUCUCUCUACCUCUAAUUUCUGGCCUAAAUUGGAGUUUCUUAUGUUACUAUCUAUUCGGAAUGUCCCCAAAAUCGUCAGACUAUCUUAGGCCAAUAACUCUAGACAUUUUCAAUGUUUCAAUUUCCAAUAUUUCAUAUUCGGCGGCGGUUUUCUGGCCAAAAAACCAAAUUUCUUGGUCCGACUUCAAUUGGAAACAUGGAAUUGGUUUUGUUAAUUGUGUUUUAUUAAUGCAAAUUUCAUUCGGUAUCAUUCUAUGGAUGUGUGCAAAAAGUCGACUGAAAAUUAAGGAAUUAUUGAAACAAGGAGUUUCAAAAUAUUCGAAAGACUUGCAAAUUCAGUUGUACAAAGCAUUGGUUGUGCAGACCCUCAUCCCCACAAUCUUCAUAUUCAUUCCAUUUGGAAUCCUGUUCAUUUGCCCAUUUUUCCUAAUCAAUUGUGAAUUUAUUUCUGAACCUGUCACUAUUUUCUACUCUAUCUAUCCAGUUUUGGACCCUUUACCACUUUUAUUUUACAUCGAUAUAUAUAGAAAUGCUUGUCGAGAAAUCCUAUUCUCAAAAUGCAAACCGAAUCGAGUGGAUGUGUUUUCUGUGGGAAAUGAAGAACGGGAUUCCACCAAUCAUUCGAUUUGA